AUGUAAUGUAGGCUACACAUAUUUCAAACCUCGUGUGCUAAGGCACUUCAUAAAACUGUUGAAUAAAGUCUGUCUAAAUUCUUAUGCAUGUAUAUUAUAUUGUGUUUUUGCCAGACAGCAGUAUAUUGAGUGAAGCAGCGUCACACAUCAACACUGAUGCUGAAUCCACCACUCCUCUGAUGUUACAAGCAAGCUGUGUUCUCAUUGGAAAGUCAUUUGUUUUCACAGAGAAGCGCUAACUUGAUUGGAUGACGUAGGUAACGCCCCCAAAUAGACAAGGUGGAGUUGGGAGAAAUUACAUGGAGGAAAAACUAGCUGUCAAAUGGACUUUGCUAAAUAAGCGAGUGGCAUUUAAAAAGUAGGCUACAUCGUAUUUCAGGAAUUUGUUACACGCACACAGCAGACAGUUUCGCUUCAGAAAAGCAAAGGCGUAGCACACAACGUUUAAGAGUCAUUUCCCACAAAUAGUACCGUUAACAGUUCGCCUGUCGAAUAACUUAGUUGCAAAUUUCAUUAUACACAACCAAAUAAUAUAUUGUCGCAAUCGUAAGUUAAAUUCGUUUACGAGCAUGUGCUUCGGUGUGCUAACGUAGCGCGCGCCACAAGUUAUUCCAUAUCACAGCUCCAGCACAAUCUGAGGCGCACUGGAGUCUGGAGCAAGAGCAUGAUGCGGGCGGCAGCCGAGGAGAGAGCGAAAAUGCGGAUGCCUGAAGAGAAAUGGUCGGAUCGAGAAGGUUACGCGCUGAGUGGAGGGAGAGAGCGAGUGAGAUGGAGGCGGGGGGAAGUUCCCAUCUCUGCGGGGACUGGAACACCAGCGCCCUGGACCGACAGCGCAGUGCUGGCUAACAUUCAACCCUCCCCUUGUUCCACAACCAGUUCCACACACGCAGCGACAGGUAGGGUUCACCAGCCGCCUCCCACGUUCUGCUAAUCGACUGUUUGAUAAACAAAACCAGGGAAAGGGUUCCUUUAUUGACACAAAUGCAAAAUCAGCGCUGCUGUAUACUCCGAAGUUGUUUGUAUUUAUUUGCGCGGGUAAGUUUCAAAUGAUGCCUGAUUUUAAAACAAUGUACUGCAUGCGAGUGUGGAUCAGAAAAAGCAGCACACCGCGGUCGCCAUACCCGAAUUUGUAGUCCUGUGACUGGGGUAAGAGAGAGCCAUUCUAUAUAGGAAAACCACGUGCGUAUUUCCGAAAAAUGUUCAAAGUCAACCAAAAUGUGUAACUGCAUGGUGCAUUGCCGCUUUUCGUGCUCUUAAAAGUGUGUUGGAGGGUCGACAACGUUUCCGCGCCGAGUCAGGUCUCCAUGAGGCUGAUCAAGGAACAGCCAGCCGCCUCUGGUUAGCCAACAGGGAGCUCGGUUAAAUAUCUCACCGUGUGGGUUUGCUUUCUCAUACACCCGUCUAAGAACCGUCAAAGGCAAGUUUACAAAAUUGUACUGGUCUCGGUCAGUAGCAUAUAUUGGAAGGAAAGAACAAGACUGGGGUGACAUUUGGAAAUGAAUGGAGACAUGGACUCCACAAAAGACCAAGAGUGGUCUCAAAAUGAUAUGCUGAAACUUCUGGACGCUAUGAAAGUGGCCCUACCACAGGAUGACCUCACCAAAUAUAAGACGUCAGAAUCUCACUUGGACUGGGAGAAGGUGGCGUUCAAUACCUACUCUGGAGAGAUGUGCAGGCUCAAAUGGCUGGAGGUCUCAAAAGAGGUACGCAAAUUCCGCACAUUGUCGGAACUGAUUGUGGAUGCGCAAGAUUGCAUCAAGAAUCCCUUCAAAGGGAAGAAACUGAAGAAACAUCCAGACUUCCCCAAGAAGCCUUUGACGCCAUACUUCCGUUUCUUCAUGGAGAAGAGGGCAAAAUAUGCAAAACUGCAUCCAGAAAUGAGCAACCUUGACCUUACAAAGAUCCUCUCCAAAAAAUACAGAGAGUUGCCGGAGCGUAAAAAGGAAAAGUAUGUGCAGGACUUUGCAAAGGACAAGGAGGUUUUUGAGCAAAGUAUGAAUAAGUUCAGACAGCAGCAUCCUGACCUCUUGGAGAGUACGACAAAGAAAGGCUCCAAUGUCCCAGAGAAACCCAAAACUCCCCAGCAGCUUUGGUACAACCAUGAAAAGAAGGCUUUCCUCAAAACAAACCCAAGCGCCGGAACCAAAGACAUCAAAGAUUUUUUGGGAAAGACGUGGACACAGUUACCGGACAAGAAAAGACUCAGGUGGAUCGCCAAAUCUUUAGAGCAGCGGAAAGCCUAUGAGGAGACAAUGCGAGACUUCAUCGUGCAGCAUCCAGAGCUCAACAUGACGGAGGAGGAUAUCGUCAAGUCCACUCUGACCAAGGCUGAGAGGCAACUAAAAGACAAAUCUGACGGCAGGCCAGACAAACCUCCACCAAACGGCUACUCCAUGUUCUGUGCGGAGCUCAUGUCGAGCAUGAAGGAUGUGCCCAGUACAGAGCGGAUGGUCAUGUGCAGUCAGAAGUGGAAGCUCCUCAAGCAGAACGAGAAGGAUGCCUAUCAGAAGCGAUGUGAACAGAGAAAGAGACAAUAUGAGGUGGAAAUGAACGAGUUUUUAGCUAGUUUAUCUGCAGAGGAGCAAAAGAGAGUCCUCGGAGAGGACAAAAUGGCUGGCUUUAAAAAGAGCGGUGGAGUCAGCAGCACGGCCAGUAAAAAGACUUCCAAAUCCAAAGCCAAGGCUGGUGCUGACAAGCCCAAGCGUCCCUUGUCCGCCAUGUUCAUCUUUGCAGAGGAGAAGAGGCAAAAGCUCAAAAAUGACCGGCCUGAGCUCUCGGAGAACGAAAUCACACGGCAUCUCGCUCGCAUGUGGAACGAGCUCCCCGAGAAGAAAAAGGAGAAAUAUAAGACUCUAGAGUCGGCCCUGAAGGCUCAGUCAGGGGGCAAAGGGCAAGAGGAGAAGACCAAGUUGCCAGACACCCCCAAGAACGCCCAGGAGAUUUGGCAGCAGAGCGUCAUUGGUGACUACUUGGCCAAAUAUAAGAAUGACCGGCCAAAGGCCCAGAAAGCCAUGGAAAGCACCUGGAAUACCAUGGAGAAGAAAGAGAAGAUUUUGUGGAUCAAGAAAGCUGCAGAGGACCAGAAGAGAUAUGAGAGAGAAUUGAGUGAAAUGCGCGCCCCACCUCCAGUAGUGGUUCCAGGCAAGAAGAUGAAGUUUGAAGGCGAACCCAAAAAGCCUCCAUCGAACGGCUAUCAGAAGUUCUCCCAGGAGAUGCUGUCCAAUGGCGAGCUGAACCACCUGCCCAUGAAGGAGCGCAUGGCGGAGAUUGGCGGUCGGUGGCAGCGGCUCUCGCAGAAGGACAAAGACCGCUACAAGAAGAUUGCAGAGGAGAAGCAGAGGCAGUAUAAAGUGCUGCUGGAACAGUGGUUAGCAAGCUUGAGCUCACAGGAGAGGAACACCUACAAAGAAUAUAACUCACAAAAAAGAAAGAGUACGGCGAAGCCCGGUGGCACAAAUGCUAAAGUCAAGCCCAAGGUUUCUGAGGAUGAAGAAGAGGAAGAGGAUGAUGACGAUGAUGAAGAGGAGAAGGAGUCUGAAGAAGACUCGUCUAGUGCAGAGGAGAGCGAUGAAGAUGGGGAUGAGGAGGAGGAAGAUGACGAUAAUGACAAUGAUGACGACGACGACGACGAUGAUGAUGAAGAUGACGAUGAAGACGCGGACGACAAAGAGAACAAAUCAGAGAGCAGCAGUGGUAGCUCUCAGGAAUCAUCAGGUUCGGGCUCGGACUCUGACUGAGCCAGGCCGGACAGACUGGGGGCCUAUGGCCUUCAGCCACAAGAGACUUGUGAGAGCAGCACCCAAGCUGAGCCAUGAGUUGCACAGAUGGGACGACUGACCCCCGUUGCCCGUCCUGCACUCCUCCCACCACCAGGGGGCGCCCUCCCCCUGCACCACCACGUCCAACACAUCAGUCAGCCUUCCUUUGUCGCUCAUCUGUUGCUUCAAUCGUUCGUUUGUUUCUGUGGAAAAGUCGUUCUGUUCGCCGCAGUGGGGUCAUUGGGGUGAAAAAAAGAGGUUUUAAACCGAUGUCGUACACCAGCUUCCUCUUCAGUCUUUUGAAACACGACGUCCCAUAGGCUCGGCCAUGUUCAGUGGGUCCUUUUUGGUUGUCAGCGGGAAACUGGCCUUAGUGAGUUUUUUUUUUUUUUUUUUUUGGAUGAUGGUUGUGAUUUGGGACGCAGUUCUUCCCAUCCCAACCUGACAUUCAGUACACGUCUCAUCCUGAGCCAAAGAAAUCUGUCUGUCCAUUUCUGGUUAUGUCAAGGAGUGCAGGGGACCAAAUAAUUGCACUCAGAAAAGAAAAAAUAGAAUGUGCUCUGUUUGUUCAUCUCCAACACCAUUUUUAAUGGCUGCUUUGUUACCUCCAGUCCAUUUUUUUCUUUGCUUUCUAGUGAGUGUUUUUGUGUUUUAAAAAAAGCUAUUUGGUUCUUGACGAUGUGGUAUCUUCAGGAAAAUUGAAGCCAUUUUGAAUGUUUCCCCAGUGAAAAGGACACCGUUACCGGACUGCUGCUGCAGUUUAUUUAUAAGGCACCUAACUUUGGUCUAUGGUUUGUACAGACCACAAAUCUGUCCCGUGUUGGGACCACCCACCUCAUUUGAAUGAGGAGGCCUGGUUAUUAUUUUCUGAAGAGAGCAAAGAUUUUAACCAUUGGCGGGCCGGAUAGCUGUUCCACUGGCCACAAGUGGUUAAUAUAAGGAAUGUCCAGUUUUGUUGUCAUUGUAAUCACAAGCUCAGUGAAAAUUAUUUUGUGUUUUUGUUUCUUUUAAUUUUUUUUAGCCUUGGAAUAUAUUUUAUUUUUUCGCGAUUUUGAUGCACAUGGUUCCAGAUACCAUUUGUUGUCUUUUUUUCCCCCAACCACUGUGGUUUGUUUUAUCUGAUUCGGCCUAUUUGGAUAUACUCUUUUACAGCUUUUUUUUUUUUUUUGAGAAGAUGUAUUUGUUUUUAAAAAUUGACUGACAUACAUUGGAGGACCCUCCCCUUCCCCCAUUUAAACGUUGUGCACUUAAUAUUGAAUCUGUAAGAUUCACACUUCCCACUGUCCCCACAUUUUGUAGGUACAACAUACACAUCCAAAACUAAGUCCAUGUCUGUCUGGUCGAGGAAGAGUAGUCGCAUACAAUUCAUGAAUGUAGGACAUGCUUCAAUUAAGGGAAGAAGAGAAACUUUAUACGCACAGUGGGAUAUGAGUUGUAACGGCUCUAAUGCGUCUGAAUAGGACUAGCCUCUCAUAUUAUAGCCAGCUAUUUCCACAAGAUCAUAUUCUUUCCCUAGCCAGCAGGCUUUCCAACCAUAACCUGGAAAGACAAGAGCACAUGCAGUCGCUGUCCAGAGGGGGCGGAGGGUCAUUUCUAUUUUCAGGGUGAUGGAUAAGCUCGUUGGGCUUACUUGAUCUUACAGAGGGUGUUUGGUUUAAUUGCUGUAGUACGGUAUUUGUAAAUAUUGCUUUUUUUGUAUUUUGAGUAAAUCUAGAUGAAUCUGUCCUUUUUAUUUAGCGACGCUCAUCCACCGGCACUGGCUGUGGCCACUGAGUUUGUUUGUGUUUGUUGCAUUUACGGGGGGAAGGGGGGAUACUUUUAAUGUUAUGUUUUUAGUUUUUAAAGGGUCUCCCCAUGAUUGUUCAUUUGUAGAAAUUACUUAAAAAAAGAGAACAAAAAUGGCUUUACAGAUUUGUACUGCUGAUUUAAAACAUUUGGAUGUUUUGUAUAGCAAGAGGUGUUAUGUCCCUGCGAUUUACCCUUUGGGAAAAUAAAAAUUCUCUUUGACAGUGA